GCAGAAGAGGAGGUUAUAGGGAAAACAGACAAUAACUCCUUUGUGUGAUUUCAAAAGGAUCUGGCUCUGUGGACACUAUGUCUCACAGGAAGAGGAGUUUCACUUUUGGAGCAUACGGGGGAGUGGACAAAACCUUUUCCAGGACAAGACAUGUAUGGAAACAAGAUGGGCAAAUCCCGCGGAUAUCUGACACAUUAGAACGUACUGUUCUGGUCAAGUCUUUCUCGACAACACCUGCUCCAACUCUUAUAAAGACGUCAGAUAUAUUUGCAAUGAUAGAGCGAAUGCAGGGCAGUAGAAUGGAUGAACAGAGGUGCACACUACCACCUCCCCUCAAAACAGAGGAAGACUACAUUCCAUAUCCUGGCGUACAUGAGGUAUUGGGUCGUACAGGCCCUUUGCCUCUCAUUCUGCUGCCGCAGUUUGGGGGUUACUGGAUUGAAGGGACCAAUCAUGACUUAAGCUCCUCCCCUACACCAGAGGAACCACCCCCCUGCCCCGCAUCACAGGUCAAACUUGAGACAAACAGUAUAGCAAAGAUCUACAGGAAACACUUCCUGGGCAAGGAGCACUUUAAUUAUUACUCAUUGGACAGCGUCCUUGGCCACCUGGUCUUCUCCAUGAAGUAUGAUGUGAUUGGAGACCAGGAGCACCUUCGACUGUUGCUUAGGUCGAAGUUUAAAACACUCCAUGAUGUGAUACCAAUUUCAUGUCUGACAGAGUUCCCCAAUGUUGUCCAGAUGGCCAAGCUUGUCUGUGAAGAGGUGAAUGUGGACCGAUUUUAUCCAGUCUUAUACCCAAAGGCAUCUAGACUCAUUGUGACCUUUGAUGAGCACGUCAUCAACAACAAUUUCAAGUUUGGAGUUGUCUACCAGAAAUUUGCUCAGACAACAGAAGAGGAACUUUUUGGAAACAGUGAGGAAAGUCCAGCCUUUGUUGAGUUUUUGGAGUUCUUGGGAGAGAAGGUUGAACUUCAUGACUUUAAAGGGUUUCGUGGUGGCUUGGAUGUGACACACGGCCAGACAGGAACGGAGUCAGUCUACCACAACUUCCACAACAAAGAGAUCAUGUUCCAUGUGUCCACUAAACUGCCAUACACCGAAGGGGAUUCCCAGCAGCUUCAAAGGAAGAGGCAUAUAGGAAAUGACAUUGUGGCUAUUGUGUUCCAAGAAGAAAACACACCAUUUGUACCAGAUAUGAUUGCAUCAAACUUCCUACAUGCUUACGUGGUGGUGCAAGUUGAGAAUGCCUGCACAGAAAAUGUCCUCUACAAGGUAUCUGUUACUGCAAGAGAUGAUGUGCCUUUCUUUGGACCUGCCCUUCCAGACCCAGCUAUCUUCAAGAAGAGUCCAGAGUUUCACGAGUUCCUCUUGACCAAACUGAUCAAUGCUGAGUAUUCCUGCUAUAAAGCGGAGAAGUUUGCCAAGCUGGAGGAGAGAACACGUUCUGCUCUGUUGGAGACAUUGUAUGAGGAGAUUCAUAUGAAGAGUCAGUCCAUGAUGGGUCUGGGAGGAGAUGACGACAAACUGGAGAAUGGAGGUGGCGGGGGAGGUGGCUUUUUUGAGUCUUUCAAGCGAGUAAUCCGCAAUAGAAGUCAGUCUAUGGAUGCUAUGGGCCUCAGUAAUAAGAAACCACACAGUGUUUCCACAAGCCACAGUGGAAGCUUUACACACAACCCUCCAGACACCCCAAAAACAACUGGCAUUUCCUUGAUCAUUCCUGGAAAAAGCCCAACCCGUAAGAAAUCUGGUCCGUUCAGUUCCAGGAGGAGCAGCGCUAUUGGGAUUGAGAACAUACAAGAAGUUCAGGAGAGGAGCAGUAGAGAGGUGUCCCCAAGUCCACAGAGGGCAUCUGACAUUGGACACAACGCUCAGGACCUCAGAUCAGACAAUUCAUCCAAUCAGAGCUCACCAGAGAUGCCAACCACCAAGAUCAGUUCUGGCAUGUACUGUCGAGCUCCUUCUAUCCCAGAGUCACAUGACCUAUCUCGCUCCUCGUCCAAUGCCAGCAGCUUUACCAGCGUGGUGGAGGAGAACGAACAGGAGCAUGAUGCAGCGGAAGAGUAUGACACCGGACUGGAGAGUCUGUCUUCAGCUGGUACGCCUCAUAAGCGAGAUGUGUUUACAUACAGUGCCGUUUGGUUGGAAGACAGCUCUGGUAGUGCUUGUAAGAGCAGUUCACAUGGUCCCGUUCGACAGCAGUCUGAACCUAUAUGUCCCAAAACAGAAAGGCAAGACUCGAACUGCUAGCUGUCCUGUAGGCUGUCUAGAUGACUUUAUGGAUGUCCAUCAGCAGCAUUUUCAUACACAGCCCUCUGUAUUGGAAACUGGGCAUACUCUCUAGAGUUCCUCUAGAGAAAGAGAUGUAAAGGAGAGCUAAUCGCUAGAUGUUAAAGCAGCACGCCAUACAGUCGGGCAAGUGUGCAUCAGAAAAUCAGCACACACUUUUAAGGACACAACCACUUUAUCCACUAUCAUGUGGCCAUUUGCCUACAGGCAAAAUAGCAAACCUGCUGAGCACGUCUUGUGUUGUGUGAAAGCAGGUAGGCAUCAAGAAGGGCCAAAUUCACAGUAGAGAAAGUCUCUGCCUGGUGUGAAUCACUCCAUUUAACUGGAAAUGCAUGAUUAUUGCCUUAACAUAGGCCUCUCUUUCUUUCUUGCACUAUAUUCUAUUAAUGGUGACCCACAUUUGUUUUGUUUUUUUAGCUGUCAUAUUUAUGUAUUUAUUUAUUUAUUGAGGCUCACUGUUGGGAGUAGGUCUUUUAGUAACUUUUUCUUCAUCUGUAUUGUUGUGUUUUCAGUAAAAAUAUGAGGUAACAAUUUAAAGUAAGGUAGUGUUCAUUAACAUUAGUUAUAUACAGUACAUUAGUUAACAUGAACUAACAAUGAACAAUAGUAUUUUAAUCAACAUUUAAGAUUAAUAAAUGUUGUAAAAAUAUAUAUUGUUCAUUGUUAGUUCAUGAUACCUCAUGCAUUUACAAAUGUUAACAAUUAGAAACUUAUUGUAAAGUGUUACCAAAUAUCUAAAUAUCGUUCAAACAAAAUUACAUUUCUCAAAGCAUUUCCAUUGGGGAAAGAAAUAUAAACUUGAUUCAGUCAAUAUCGUACGCAAUUUUGCUUCUCAAGUCAUUUUAACUUAGUUUAAGUAUAUUACAGGUUUGUCUCCUGGAAAAACAAGACAAAAUACUGAUUAAGAAAAAAGAUUUUUGCCAUGCAAGCUGUCACAAGAUUUCUGCACCUUUCAAAAUAACAAAAUAUCAACCAAAAAUUCAACCUAAACCCAUCAUGCUUAAAACUCUCAAACAUGUGAACCCACAAAACACUGUAAUACACAACUGGCUGCGUGUAGUUUUGUUUUUGUACUCGUUUUGGUUACGUUUUGCGUCGUUAUCUGUCAGUAAUGAAUAAUGAUGUCGGGAAUUAAUAUUGUUAAUGGUAUGUGUCGUCUGUAGUUGACUUGAUCUUGUUUCUGGUGUGAAGAACCACCCAAGCCAUUUCACAUCCUCUCUAAUAUACAAAGCUUAGGCAUUAGACUUUAUGAUGAAAAAGGUCAGGUGUGAGAUUAUGUAAACUUUUAAAAUAUUAUUUAUUAAGAGUAGGCUGAUAUUUUCCUGAUCUGGAUAUUUUAAAUGACCACAUCUUGACUGUUUGCUGUGGUAAAACUGACAUCUAUGUAAAACAUACACUAAUGUUGUAGCUUCACGUUAGCAGUUUAAUGUUUCAAGGUAAGUCAAAUGAGCAAAACUAGCUGUGCAAAUGUGUCUUGGAAGUCCAUUCAGUGGUCAACUUCUUAUAAAAGAUGUACUGACGUUGCCUUUUUUUUUUUUUUUUUAAGCUUAUAAUGGCAACAGAGAGCAAUAUGAAUGUAAAACUGUCCAAAUUGCAAAUACAUAUGCAGGUUUCCCACACCUUUUCACCAAUGUAUUUCCAUGACUUUUUCAGUCAUAUAUAAUCAUUGGAAAAGGAUUUCCAUUUGUACUUCAGUUAGCAGUCAUUGGAAUUUUAAUAGUUUACCACUGUUACACAUAAUAAUAGUAUCAAAAUGUCUUCAAUAAGACAGAAAGGUUGUGAGAUUUGAAUUUAUACUUUCGAAUUGAAUUUAUAUUAAUCAGCCACUCACAAAGAGCAAUGUCUAGCCGUUUAAACAUUUUAGAGCAGAACUAAUGUAGAAGAAUUUGUGUUCACAACGGAAAUUUCCAUCACUAUUAAGAUUUCAUUGUUUUCUAUAGGGCUGUGUCGAUACAAUCAAAUACUGAUGUAUUGUGAUUCUUUUUCUCAUGGUAUUGUAUCGAUAUUUUAGCUCCACGUAUUGAUAUUUAUAUUCAACUAUUUGUGUAUUCUGUUGGCACACUGUUACUUCCAAAUCAAUUUAAUGAGCUCACCAAGAUACAAAACCGUGAUGUUUCGAGCUACAUGUUUCGAGCUCUUCAUCAGACAUCAGUAUAUAACCAUAAUAUACCCAAAUGAAUUAGAAUUGAAAUUGGAAUUGAUUUGUAAUCUAAUCAAACUAUGUUAUGGUGAUGUAUCACAAUAUAUCGAAUCGUGACGUGUAUUGCAAUAUGUAUUGCAAAAAUGGGGAAGGAGUGGUGAAGGUAUCUGCACGUUCGUCUUUUCUGGCGCACGUUUGGUUUUGGCGUCUUAAAUUAGUUUUAGUUAAGACCAAAUCUGACUCCAUUAAUAAUUUUAUCUGACUCCAAUUAUAUUAGACCUCGAAUUUAGUUUGAGAUUCCAGUUAUUGUUGAUCAUCAAUUCUCUAGAUUUGGAUACUAUUCUAGUUAAUUCUAUACUUUUAAAUUGCACUCGUUCAUUCGCAAUCCUGUCGCUUAGGAUCUCAUGCCGGCAGUGUACAUGGAUCCCACAGUCACAAACUUAUCAGUUUGAUCUUUAGCUAGAGGUAAACGACUAAUAAUAAUAAUUAAAAAAAAAAAAGAUUACUACCGCAGCUUAUCUAUUUCUAAUUAGUAGUUUUGCUUAGUUUCUAUAGAUCUGUAUACACUUAAUUAAUGUAAUAUUAUCUCUAGACAGAGGUAAAUGACUAAUACUAGUUGGACAAGGCUGACCAACAUACCAUUACCCAAAUAGUAGUUUUGUUUAGUUCUAUAGUUUCCUAUUACACUUGACUAGAAUAAUAUUAGCAUUAAACAGGGGUCAUGACUAGUGCUAUCUGGACUGGUCGAUCAAAAUUACAUUGUGCCAGAUAGUACUUUCUUUAGCCUUUACAGUCCAUUACACUUAACUAAAGCCAAAUGGUUAAUCAGAAAGCUUAAGAUCCCAGUUGAUGUGCUUCAUGCUCCAUCAAAUUCUUGGUCUUAGUAUGUAUUAACCCUGAUCACAGAUUUGCGGUAACAGGAAUUUAAUAUUAUCUACUAAAGCCAAUAAAUUCAGAAUAAGUCAGAAUAGAAUCAAGUUUAACAAUUUAUUAGUCAGGUGAAUAUGUAUCAAGCCAAUUACAUAAUUCAGAAAUAAUCAAUACAAAACAUCUAAUGCUUAUAGAUGAAUCUUAAGAGUAACAGAUGCAUACCUGACUUCAGCAGAAUACGUAGUAUAAGCACCACUGGGAUUUCUGGCUACAGAAAAUUCCAAUGAACUAUGUGUUACAUUUCCUUAAAUACCCAAACCAGAGAAAACAUAAACAAAGGGAAUUUGGGAGUGGUCAGGUUUAGAAGUCCGGGGGUCAUACUUUAUCUGCAUAUAGGAGGUAAUUUAUUUGAAAGACCAAGGAGGGAGGCGCACCCCCAAGCAGUGGCCAGAAUUUGUCUACAUUCUUAAAACUGUAUUGUGGGGAUGAGACCAUAGUACCAGUCGCACUGAGACCUUUUAAAUGAUACCAAACAUGCCUAGUUAUAUUAUAUGUAUACAUCAGAUAUGAUAUUUUGUGACAUACAGAUCUUAUAUGAGUUUGAGGUGUGGAAGAGCAACAAUGAGGUGUGAAUUUGCAAUCUUUGCUCAGUGGGGUGUGGUGCCUCUGUAAGAGAUGCUAAUUGUGAGAAAGUUCAUAUAUUGCUCUUUGCCUCCCUGGGGAGUUUUGUCUUUUGAAUGCAAACACAGUAUCAUAUUGUGAGGUGCCAGGCAAUACCCAGCCCUAGUGGCAACCCUGCAUAUGUUCAUGGAUAUGGGCAUAAAACACUAGGUCAGAACUUACUGAAGAAAUGCUUAAUGUUAACCAAUGAUGGUUUGCUUUACUUAUUCUCUUUUCAAACUAAAUUUCAUCUAUUUGUAUUCAUAUAGUUUUCAUUGGGGGGGGGGAAUGCCAUUUUUAGAACUUGUAAUCAACUAAUAUGUAAUUGUACUGUGGUUUUACCAUUGUACAGUCAAUGUAUCAAAUGGUAGUACCAUAUUAUUAUUACUAUAUUCAUAAAUAUUCAUAUUCCAUUUGCAUGGGACUUCAAGGUACUUGAAAGAAUUAUUUUCAUCAUGGUAGUGUCCAAAAAUGAUAUUACUGUGGUACUUUUUUAAAGGUUAAUGUCCAGUUAAUUUCUCUUAUGAAGAGGUAUCUCAUUACCAAUAAACUAAGUUCACUGGAAACUUUUGCUUAAAAUUCUUCUACUCAACAGACCUUUGGCCUAUCAGGGGAUUUUACCUAUUAAACUGUUUGUGGAGAAAGGAAAUGUAAGAAAAACAAGGAUAGAUAGAGAAAUGCACCAUGUGUUAGUGCACAAAGUCUUUGCUAAUUGGUUGAACUGCACAUACUGAAUUUGCGCACGCUAGAGCCAUUUAAGCACAAACUCAUUCCAAACACAGCACCGACUGCUUAAUGUGAUUGUGUUCUCUUUUACAACAUGUGCUUACAAUGGUACUUUUAGGAAAUGCUCCAAUGUAAAUAAAACAUUUUCUCCUUUUUUUGUAAUUAAAGACUGUUUAAUAAAGAGGGUUUAUUGAAUGUUUAUUUAUUGCUUUAAUGUGUAAUGGAGUAUGGUAAGACAUGCACCCAAUAAAUAAAUCACCAAUAAAGGCGGCAAUUAAGGCAUUAUUAAUACUUAAAGGAAUAUUCCGGGUUCAAUACAAUUUAAGCUCAAUCAACAGAAAAAUUCAUUUCAUGUCCCUUUUCUUAAAAAUAAAGCAAAAAUCGAGGUUACAGUGAGACACUUAGAAUGAAGGUGAAAAGCCCUGCCGAUAAAUGUUAAACGUGUGAUAAAAUCGCUUUCUAACUUUUUUCUGUUGGCAAUGACGACGUGAUGCAAAACAACUAUUUAAACAACUUUAUAGCUCAGAUUUAAACAACUUCGCAGUUCAAAUAAUACAUAAGUUUUAACAGAAGAAUUGAUGCAAGUGCUUUUGUAAAAUUGUAAGCUUCACAUUGCUGCCUUUAAACCCUCCAAAAACUGGCCACGUUCACUUCUAUUGUAAGUGACUCACUGUGACCUCGAUUUUUUUUUUUUUUUUUUUUUUUCAAGAAAAGUAGGGACGAGUCUAAAUUAAUUUUUGUUGGAAUCAACAUUAUGGCACAAAUGUUGCUGACUGAGCUAGCUUGUAUUUAACCCGAAAUAUUCCUUUUCAGAAUAUAUUUUGAAAAGUAUUGUCAUAGUGGUAGAUUUUUAUUAAUUGUCCUUUUUCUAUGGUUCACAGUUAACUUAGAAACUCAGUACAGCAUCAAGUAAAAUAAAAGAAAAAAAUUAUAGCAAUUCAAAAAAAGAAAGAAAACACAUUUGAGCUCUUAAGUGACUUGUAUUAUUUUUCACUUUUGGUAAGCCUUUAAAUUUUUUAGAAAUCCUGCAGUAUUCAAAAAUAGUAGAGUCAUGAAGCUUUUACAAAGCAUUAAAGAAUUAUUUUACCCAAAAGUGAAAAUUCUGUUUUCAUUUACACACAAAAGAUUUCAGAAUGUCAAGUUUUUCAUACUGGGACUGUUGAGCUCUAAAAAUGGCAAAAAGCACCAAAGUACUUUAUAUGACUUUAUUCCGAGAUUCGUAAAAUGUUGUAUUUGCAGAAAAUCCGCCAGAGCUCAAUUCCUGUUCAAUUUAAAUAUGCAGCAUUUUAAUACAUCA